AUGUCAACUAACCUUCGGACAUCCGGAACCAAUGAGUUCAGAUACCGGCAAGGGCCGUGCGAUGCACUGUUGGCAUUCGGCCAGACGCGGGAACUUUGUGCGUCUCGCGAACGGGAAGUGUUGUGGAUGAAAUCUAGCGUUUUAUUUUUUUUUGUUUGUUCGUUAUUCUCUGUUCCGAUCGUCUUCUGUAUGGCAGACUUGGUUGGAUUGAUCUACGCAGGAUUUGUGAUUUUUGGAGGGGUCGUCGGAUAUGUGAAAGCUGGGAGCUCAAUGUCGUUGGUGUCUGGUAUAGUUUUUGGAAGCUGUGCUACUUUUGCAUCAUAUUUUAACAGUCACGGGCUGCUGCUAAGUAAGUUCUCAGUUUGUAAAUUCGUUUUUGCUUACAAUGCCUUUCGUGCAGUUUUUCAGUUCUAUCAUUGCAAAAGUUGACA